GUCUCUUCCUUUCUUAAACUCAAACCGAGAAAAAAAGCUCUAAAAGCCUUUGUUCUCCAUUUUAGUCUCUGAAGAAUGGCAAAGAGGAUGAAAAGAUCAGGUGUCAAGAAGCAAAUGAGUCCCGUGAAAAUAGGUUUAACUUUUGUGAACAAGUUGAAGGCUCGAUUUCGAUAUAGCCCUCAUGUUUACGUGUUGUUUCUAGACAUACUAAAUAAGUAUAUAACCGGAGAGAAAUCUGUUGACGAGGUCUUCCAUGAGGUCACUACAUUGAUCAAAGAUCACCCUGAUCUUGUUGAUGGGUUUCUUUAUUCUUUUCCAAUAGGAGGUGGUGUGUGAUAUAUAUGAGCUAUUAGAGAUCAAUAUAAUGCUGCAAAAGUGAAAAAUAAGGGUUGGAAAGAAUUUAGUAUUUUGGGACAAAGUUUUAAUGUUUUUAAUUUGUAAGAUUUUUUUAGACUUAAUUUGUGAGAUUUGAUAGACAAGUUUAAACCAGAUUUAAUAGAUUUACAUUGUCGGAAG